AUGCCUCUCGUGUCACCCCCGCAUCAAUGGCUACUCAGCAUCGGCGCUUUCCUCCUCCUCUCCGCAGCCAUCGUCCUCGCAGUAAACAAGAGACAGCGAGAAGCGGUCCUGGUGAGACUUAGGCUUCCCUUGCAGAGAAGACGAGCAUCGGCAGCCUCAACAACCCCCCGCUCCAUAGCACCACCCAGCGAGAAGGCUGCUUCCUCGGCAGGAAGUCGAGGAGGACCAGACUACUCCACGGCCCUGCCACCCUCUAGACGGUGCGCGCUUGCAGACCUGGUCAAGACCGUUCCCCUUUCUGCGGCGGCGAGAGGACUCCUCUCCGCUGGCGCUGGCUCCGAACUCUCGGAUGACUUCAUCGUCAAGAAUGCGUUGCCCACGACGCUAUCCUACUACAGCCUGGAUCACGCGAUGCCGAAAUAUACCCCGACCGGAUUCUCGACCGCCGAACUCAAGGCCAUGGGCGACUUUCCCGCUUACGAUGUGUUGAGCGGCGUGCCCCUUCCAAAGGCAUAUGAGAACUUUGAUCUCGCAAAGGCUCUGCCGAGACCUUACCGACCGUUCAGGUGGAAAUAUCAUCAGACCAUGUCAUUCCACAAGAUGGAGCCUGACUGGUGGCUAGAGGUCGAGAAUUCGUACACGGCCAGGAUCAAGGAGCGUCAGGAGCUCUUCCGAGAGUACGGCAGCCAAGUGCUCGACUACCUCCCCGGCUCGGAACUCGCGUGCAAGGAGCUCAUGGAGAUGUGCCUCCAGUUCUACUGCGCCCGAUACCCCGGCCACUUCGCCCUCUCCGCCGACAAGAAGGUCUUCCACAACCGCAUCCUCGGCACCGAGACGGUGAUCCGGCGCUUCCACCCCCUGCACAUCCUCCUCGCCCACGUCCCCGAAGACUUCGCCGUCGUCCUCCGCAGCGAGACGGACGGCAGGUACUACUUCCGCGCCGGCGUCAUCUGCAGCUCGCUCGGCUGGCACGUCGGCACCAAGAUCGGGCUGCGGCUCGACGAGAUCCACCGCCGCAUUCCGGACUACCGGGAGAAGAUGGCCUUCAGCAUGGACCGCUUCUUCAGCAAGAUGGCGACCGGUGCGCCCAUCCAGCGCGGGAGCUGGGGGCUCGAGGUCGGCUCCCCGCUCUUCGUGCCCCCCGGCCACCCGCACGAGGCACUCCGCGAGACCCAGGACCCCGCGUUGCAGAUCGAGGAGUGCCGAUUGCGCGUCGACUGGCAGACGCUCCGGCGCUUGCCGCUGAGCGCGGCCGUCGUGUUCAAUUUCAAGGCGCUGUUCACGCCCGUCACGGAUUUGCGCCAGGAGCCGUACAUUCCGGCGCUCCUGCUCACCAUCCUGAGGGAGGGCAAGAGGAGCUUGAUGGAGUACAAGGGGACCUGGCACACGGAGCACGUCUGCAUCCCCAAGCUGGAAGAGUAUGCGCGGGAGCAGGUCGCGAAGGGGUGGGUGGUGCCGGAGAUCGAGGGGCAGGAUGAGUGGAACGUUGCGACACUGGCCGAGAGCCCGUUCUUUCCUGGAUGGGAAGCGAAGUGGCAUCGCCAGCAGGGAUUCUAA